AUGCGGGCGUCUGUUCGGACCGCGGCAUGUGGGUUUCUUUGCCUUUCCAUGGUCGUCCUUGUCGCUCGGGAGGUGGGAGAUAUAACGCUCGCCUCCCUCCGCUUUGUGGCCAUUUCAGUGACAAGAAAGGUGCCCUGCCGUCCAGAGAUCAGUAUGGGUUUGACCCCAAAGACGAGGAGCCGACUACGCACCUCCCCCCGGCACGUCCAAAAUCUCUGUGCAAAAGCGUCGAUUGGGGGCACCCGACUCGGCCGAUAUGACCUCACGCACCCAUCUUUCACGGAGCCUCGACGAACCCCCCGAAGACGGCCCACCAGGAACCAAACCGAGGACUAUAGAGACUUGGCCCCGGCUGAAGCGAGGGAGAGAGAACGGCAAUCUGAACAGCCUGGAUCCAAGCAGCAAGUCACCGUCACCCAAGAACAGCGAGCGGCGGAGAAGUUCAUUGGCAUAAAGGAUGCUUAUUUGUUUCACACGCAAUGUUUCUACAACAGGCGGAAGGGACAGACCAAGAAGAGAAUAACAAUAACACAACCUUCUUAUAGACCCCAACGUCCAUACCACGAGGCGCCGCCCGCGCUGCGCCGACCGACCGUCCACAUAACCAAGACCAGGCCUAAUCAAGAAAUGUUGGCAGAGAUCAACAAAAGGCAGGAAAGAUUCUUGGAGCCAAAGAAGGACAAAGGGAACAGAAACGAGGAUGCAAGAAGAGAUCUUUCUUUUUUAUAUUACUUCAGUAAGACACCGCAAUGCGUCAUCUGCUCGAAAGGCAGAAUAUAAACGAAAAAGACAGAAAAAGAAGGAGGGUUGGAAAAAAUACAGAAGCAAAAACCAAGGGUAUCGUGACGCCGCAACCGGCGGCAAGGUUCAAUCCGUUACAAGAGAUAAAAUCCAGAGACAUGACAAGGCGUAAGAAAACAAG